AUGAUCCAAGUUGCACUAGGUGUACUCGCUCCCAUGCACCCGCACCCCUCGACCUCUGCUUCCCAGAAUAGUGCCAAGCCCCGGCCCGUGCGCUCGCCAACCGCCCCCGCCUCGCCCAAUCACGCCGCGGCCAUGGCAAAUGCGUCUGCCCAACACCACUACUCAUGCUUUUGCCGUGAGUCAACACUCGCUCUCAACAAGCACAUGGACGCCCGCUCCCGCACACCAGCCUUGGGCGCUCGGCCAAUUCGCCAUGACACGCAAUUCCGCCAGAACCACGCCAACCAAGCCGCGCCCACCGAACCAUGGCACCACAAAACACAAUGCUCAAACACGGCACCAGCACAGAGCACGGUCGAGGCUGCGAGAUAG